AUGGACGAAAUGCACAUCAGUCUUUUUUCCAACGAGAUCUACCUGACCAGCUACUGUAUCAUACUCGUACUGCAAUUGUUCUGUGCUGGAAUAAAUGGGGUCAUUAUUAUUAUGUUCUGGAAACUCUCCGAUCUUCGUAAAAACAAAAAUUUCCACCUCGUCUUCUAUUUUUCUGCUAGUGAUUUUCUAGCGGCAGUAUUCGAAAUACCGUAUAUUAUUUAUACGAUAUUGAAAUGGAAUCCAUCUCAACUCAAUUUCGACCAACUUGUCAUUUUGAUCUCUUCCACACCUCUGCCUCUGCAACGUAAAGUUUCGGCAAUCAUUACUAUAGGAAUUGCGAUCAGCAGGAAUCUAGCCAUAUUUUUCCCUGCCAAAUUUCGGAAACUCGAACAAAGUUACUACUCAGAAAUAACUCUCAUUGGUAUAGCGUUUGGAGUAUUUGAUGCCGUUUUAAUGUUUAUAUCAUCCCCAAUAACCAGAAUUCCAAAUUGCGGAACUAGCGGAUGCUUUGUCGGUUGUUAUGCCCCUGACGUUAAACUUGUUCAACAUACCUCUGUUCUCUUAUUGGGAAGUUCUGAGGAACUGUUGAAAAAAGGGGCGAAGCAGGAAGCUCGUAACCCAGCAGAAGGAAUCUGCAAGCUCACCGAAGAUGGUGCAGCCGAGUUAUGUUGA